UGGAGGUGCAGUCAUCAAGAACAGUCUUGGUGAAGAGUUCUAUAAGGAGGCCAUCGAACACUGUCGCAGCUACAAUGCCCGUCUGUGCGCCGAGCGCUCCAUGCGUCUCCCCUUCCUGGACUCCCAGACCGGUGUGGCCCAGAGCAACUGUUACAUCUGGAUGGAGAAGAACCACCGUGGACCAGGUCAUGCUCCAGGUCAGUUGUACACAUAUCCUGCUCGCUGCUGGCGCAAGAAAAGACGGCUAAACAUCCUGGAGGACCCACGGCUUGUACCGAUCGAGUUCAAGAUUGACUACGAGGCCUCUCUAAAGAAAGAGGGGGGGAUCCCAGACGGUCCUGUGUUGGAGUCGCUGCUCGCUGGGGAAACCCUGGACAAGAAGAUAGAAACCAAGGAAGAAGAGCCAAUGAGCGAGUGUCAGAAGCUGCUGGUCGGGGAUUUCCCUCAUGAACUGGAGGUGGACGAGAUGGAGGAAGAUGUCCCAAAGCGCAAGAACCGUACCAAAGCCCGUGCUUACGGUGUCGGGGGCAUGAGGAAGAGACAAGAGCCACCUGCCCUUGAAGAUAGAGACAAACCUUACGUCUGUGACAUCUGUGGAAAACGCUAUAAGAACCGUCCAGGGCUGAGUUACCAUUACACUCACACACACUUGGCAGAUGAAGAGGGAGAAGAAGACUCGGAGCGACACACACUACCCUUUCAGCGCAAGAACAACCACAAGCGUGAGUCUGCCAAGAAAGCACCAGACGGCUCGGUGAUCGCCAACGGCUAUUGCGACUUCUGCCUCGGAGGCUCAAAGAAGACCGGCUGUCCUGAAGACCUUAUCUCCUGUGCGGACUGUGGACGCUCAGGCCACCCGUCCUGUCUGCAGUUCACAGUGAACAUGACGGCUGCGGUGAGGACUUAUCGCUGGCAGUGCAUCGAGUGCAAGUCCUGCAGUCUGUGUGGCACCUCUGAGAACGACGACCAGCUGUUGUUCUGUGAUGAUUGUGACAGAGGCUACCACAUGUACUGUCUGAGCCCUCCCAUGUCUGAACCACCAGAGGGAACAUCUAAAUACACUAUGGGCUGGAAUGGUCCUGCUACUGUUGGCCACCCACACAGAAAUGGAGCAGGGAGCUGGAGCUGUCAUCUGUGUCUGAGACAACUGAAGGAGAAGGCCUCAGCCUACAUCACCCUCACUUAAUCUGCGGAGCUGCGCCUCAUACUCUCAGCCCUUCAUCCUCUCCCAAACCACCUCUCCGUCACCCCUCUCUGUGCCUCAGCUGCCCCCCUCCUCCUCUGAUCCAUUUGCCGCCACUUCCUCUACAACUCGUCCCAGUGACCUUUGACACGACUGAGCACGCAGCACCCACAACGCUGCGCCCAUUCUUGAACGUCUGUCCAGCGGCGAGCUAACCUCCGUCCUUUUGUGUCACUCACAUUCCCUGAUGUGCUUAACCUGAAUACACAUUCCCCCAGUUUCCUGCUCUGUCUCAACAGAGGAAUUCAUCAGCUGGCAAGACGUUUGCUAGUGAGAAACACACUCCAGCCUGCCAAGGGCACUUCAGAGGCAUACUACUCCACAGGAACCCUCUUAAGGGCCCUUGGAAGAGCCCUAAUGAUCUUCAGCUGCAACUCAGUCAAGUAGUGAGUGAGAAUUAAUAAGAUGGAUAGGUGUUAGGCCGAGGACAGGGCCUGGAAGACCCUGGAUAAUCAUGGAGCAGUAUGUUUCAGUGUUAGCCAACUGUGAAAUAUACACCUAACCAAAAUUUCAUUUACUCCCUCUGUCCUUUACCGUGUACAGCAGAGCUGAGACGUUGAACUCUGCUCUGCUAUUUGUCUGCAGGGCUCGCUUCCCUGUGCCGUUUCAAAGGGGAAUGAAUUGUACAGAAUUCAGAUCGAUUCUCUAUCUACACACUCUUGAAAACUCCCCUCACUGGCAAACAAUGAGCAUCUGGUCAGGAACUCAGACCAUCUUUGACCUCUUUGUGUCCUCUCCCCAUGCAUGUGGUUUCCACAAACGAAUGAUGCAUUUUGGGAUUGACACUGAAGGUUUUAGUGUUCGGAUGUGAUCCUCGGAUGAGAGGAGAGGUGGAUUUUUCUCUAAUCAGCUAUCUCUGAUCAAACAGUGUAUUUAAAAAUGACAAUUUAGGCUUAGCAUCUCUCACAAAUCCUUUACCUGACCUUUAUCCGCCCUUCACUUCUAUGAAACAAUGACUGUGAAGCCAGUGUGAGACUGAAACACUCCUGGUGCUUGGUGUGUAUUAUCUGUGUGUUAAGAAUGUAGGAUUGAUGUGUGGACAAUGCAGAUCUUGUCUGGCCCAUGCGGAGGCCGAAAAACUUCUUUUUUAUGAUUCUUCUUUUAUUUUGUUUCAUUUGCAUGUUGUUAUUUCAGUUGUUUUUAAAGACUUUUGAUUGAAAUUGAAAAGAAAGCACACUUAAUUCGCAAUAAUGUGUUUGUGAUAUGAACUAUUUUGGCCAAACUGGGUGUGUUUUAAACUGUGUGUGUGUGUGUGUGUGUGCCUGUGUGUCUGAUUGCGCAAGUUUAUCUGAGCACUACAAUUACUGUAGCCAGCUCCAUGUUAGGUGGUAUCUGUGAGAGGAUUUGAGUAGCACGAAGGUAAUGUGAA